UUUCGUUUGGAAAACUUUCUGGAGAACAAGACGACUCUGAAUGGAUUGUCUGAUCUUCAAAAAAAAGAAUGUUACAACCAUAUUUCGCUUUCAAUCAAAGGACACAAGAGAGCUUUAGAGUUAGUAUUAUAAAAAAAAUAAAUUGUUUAAAUAUUAAUUGCGACAAGUUUUGUCGCGAUUAAUGAAUGAAAUUUUUCAAACAAAGGUUCGUCAAACGUAUGGAAUCUUUGUUUUCGUAUUCUUUGCUGAUACAAUGUGGGUUGAACGUUAUUUGUAUGAGCAUUUGUCUGUAUCAAGUAGCAGUAUUGUAUGAUCAGUCGAUAGAAGUAAUUAAAUUUAUUGCCAUUGUCUGUGCUGAGUUAUUUCAUUUACUAUUUGCCAGUUUAGCUGGACAAAAUGUAAUAGAUUGCAGCAGCGAAAUUUAUUUUAAAGCUUAUAGUGGCCUCUGGUAUGAGGCCCCUAUAGAAAUACGUAAAUUACUUAUAUUGAUCAUGAGAAGGAGCUUUAAAUCUUCUCAAUUAUCCGCUGGGAAAAUGUUCGUCUACUGUCUGGAUGGUUUCGCAAUGGUAAGCUAAUAAGAAAUUAUAGAUUUAUACAUUCAUAUGAUUUUAGUAACCGAUCUCAAAAUUUCUUUAAGAUUCUACGAACUUCUACUUCAUACUUCAUGGUACUUUCAUCGGUUCAGUAAUUAAUCAUUGACAUUUAUAAAUUGUUAGUUAUUUAAAUAUAGGUGCAAUUUCAAUUAUAUUAUAAAUUCUGACAGACGGUUAGAAGUGUUCAUUUUGUUAUUUUUUUUCAAGUUCUUAUUAAUUAAUUUUUAAAUUUAUUUACUUUCCAAGCCUUUUCAGGGAAACUGCAGAAUGCCUAAGACAAUAAUUGUUGGUAAUGUAUUCUUAUUAAUUUAAAACUUUACGAUCACAUAAUAAAAGAUGUCUACCAAAGAACAAUAUUCAUAUCAUCAUUUAAUGAAUAUAUAAGGUCAUCAAAAAAUAUAUAGAAUAUGGAUUUUGAUAUAUAACAUAUAUAUUAUAAAGAAUACGCUUGGGGUGUAAAAUAUUAAAGAUUGUUUAAAUAUCUACCUCAAUCAUCACGUUGUCCUCGAUUUUUUGAUUAAUAGAUCUUAUUUGAAGUAAUCAAGACCUAGACGAUUAUAUUGAUUCUCUUGAACACAUCAUUUAUGAAAAUAAAUCGAAACGAAAACCAUCGAUGUAAAUAUCUGAAGAAGAACUGCAAUUUCGAAGAAAACAUGUAAAUAGCUUUUUCUUUUUCUCUCUCUUUCAACUUCGAAGAAGUAUUUUUCAAAGUAAUGUAAAGA